AUGCAGCCCAUCACCUUCCUCACCGCCGCCCUCCUCACCCUCACCACCACCGCCUCCCCUCUCCUCGCCACCGAAGAAAAACGACAAGUCCCCGAAGGCGCUCCCCGCGUCUACGCCCGCUUCUAUGGCGACGGCGGCUGCAACACCGCAUGGCUGGAAGACACCGUUUUCUUGCAGUCUGGUACGCGCGGGCUGGCUGGAUGUCAGGACUUGACUGUUGGACCGUUUGCUAGCACUUUCUUUGAUUACAACAACUUUAAUGCUACUGUCCGAUUCUUCAACCUCCCUUGCUCGCAGCUUACUUCUGUCAACUCUGGGAACCACAUCGAUAUUGCGCCUGGUGCUGCUCCUGGGUGUAAGGCUUUGGCUAUCAGGUCUUGGAUUACUUUGUAA